AUGCCCACAAUUCCCCCAACUUUGAGUAACACACAUGAUACCCCAAGUCUGAUACCCUCUUCUUACCCGGUACAAGAAAUGAACCCACAAUCGAACAACAACAAGGAGAAUGCUCCGCCUUCACAACAGCAAACCCCGCCCGGCCAGCCACCGGUCCCUGCCCUCCGGUCCUCUGUCCCUAUCGAGCAGAUUCCGGAUUCUCAGCCGCAAUCAACAGACGAUGCCCUCCCUCCACCCCUGGUCAGAAUACUCUCAUCCAUCAAAUAUACCUUAAGAACCUAUUUCUCGCUAAAGCCACCACAUACCAUCCAGCGGCUGGCAGAAUUGAUCCUACAACCGACCCGACACUACAGUACAUUGCCCUCAUACCUCCGCGCAGUGGAUAGAGUAGUGUCCGUAUCCAGCGGAGCAGACAUAUUCCCAUUGCCCGCCUCCUUGCCCAUACCUGGUGGCCUGAUUGAUACCAACCUUGUGAAUGGCGUUAAUGGCUCGGGGAGCAGUAGUUUCGUGUUGGAAAAUGAUGCGCUGGGGAGCGAUGAGUCUUUGGGAGGUGCCCUUCUCACUCCAAUACCAUGGCUGAGAGAUUCUGCCCUCCCCGGAGAUGUGAGCCCAUCCAACAACAGCAGCCCGUCCACUGUUCCUCCGCAAGGAUCCUGCGCCGUAACAGGCGAACUCACCCGACAGGAGCAAGAAGCUGGCGUUGUUCACAUAACGAUUCAGGAACACCAGGUCGGUUCAUCACUGGUGGCUGGGAGAGAUGGAGUGGAAGCACAAGGUGAUGAUGACGUCGAAGAGAUACCCCAUGCGCGAGGACCUGCUAUCUUGGGCGUUGAAGAUAUGGGAUUGCAGAAUAGAACAGAGGUUCAGUUUUCGCUGUCAUCUAGUGCCACUCGCAUCGAUGAUGUUCCAACAGACGGUUCGGCAACCGAUUCAAAUACCACACUACAGGCAUCAGCAGAGAGUGAUAAAUUGAGCAGCGCUGAUUUAAAGGAGGAUACAGAUAUGGAUGCAGAUGGAGACUUUGUCAUUGGCGAUAUACAUGAUAAACCCGAAGGAGAGUCCAGCGGGAAACUCACAGAAGCUACUUCGACUGCUAUGUCCAUCGACGAUAUGAAUCUGGAGACUGAAGUUUCGAUAAAGCCAGAGAUGGGAAUGGACGGAGUAGAAAAUGGAGGCAGUAUAAAAGAAUCUGAAGGUGGUGGCAGCAGGAUGGAGACGUGA